AUGGCCUCAGGGACGCACAAAAAAUCUCACCGGAGGAUGAAGAGUAGGAGCAAGGCCCAGGAGAAAUUUGCCAACACUUUUCCAUACAGGCUAUCCUGGCUGACGGAGCCCAGCCCCCAGGCCCUGCCAAACUGGGAGGCCACAAAGAACCUGGUCAGGGAGGAGCUGCCCCUGCAGAAGAGGUUGGUGCCCACGCGGUCCAUCCCAGUUCGAGGGCUUGGCGCUCCAGAUAUUAUACCACUGUCCAGCCCCCUGCCACCACAGUUUCCACUGUGCUACCUCUGGGAACUCAAGUUACUGAACCUCCGCUUCCCCAGACAAGGUGCCCCCAGGCGGAGCCCCCCUCCUGCAGAUUCUGGGCACCUCUCCACCACUGAGGCACCAGGCCUGUCCACGGGCCUCCACUAG